AUGCCGUCACGGCCCGCCCGCGCUGUGGCUUUCACCAUUCCCGGGCAUGCAGACCGCUUCUGCCUGCAACCCCUGGACUUCCGGCCGUUCAUAGACCCUCAGAUCCUGGCCUGCUGGAGCUCUGCAGACCUGUGGGGCCCCGGGGAGGACAUGCUGGUGGAGCUGGGGCCCUGUCUGCUGCUGGCAGUGGCACUGCUGGGCCCAGGCCCUGGGGCCCAGGCCAUGAAAGACCCCAGCACUGACUCUGAGCCAUUCUUCCCUCUUGCCCCAGGUGUCAAAUGUGGCGGUGUGCUCUCUGCGCCUUCCGGAAACUUCUCCAGCCCCAACUUCCCCAGGCUCUACCCCUACAACACGGAGUGCAGCUGGCUGAUUGUAGUGGCCGAGGGCUCCUCCGUGCUGCUCACCUUCCAUGCCUUUGACCUGGAGUACCACGACACCUGUGGCUUCGACUUCCUGGAGAUCUACAACGGGGCUUCGGGAGACAAGGGCAACCUGCUGGGGAGGUUCUGCGGCCAGGUGCCCCCGCCGCCCUUCACCUCCUCCUGGCAUGUCAUGUCUGUGGUCUUCCACUCCGACAAGCACGUGGCUAGCCGCGGCUUUUCCGCAGGCUACCAGAAAGAUAUGUGUGGCGGUGUCCUGACGGGCCUGUCGGGGGUCCUCACCAGCCCUGAGUACCCCAACAACUACCCCAACAAUGUGGAGUGCCGCUGGGUGAUCCGGGCCGCCGGCCACGCCACCGUCAAGCUGGUGUUCGUGGACUUCCAGGUGGAGGGCAACGAGGAGUGCACCUAUGACUACGUGGCUGUGCUCGGGGAGCCCGGCCCUGCCCGCGGGCACCACUACUGUGGCAGUGCCAGGCCCCCCACCCUUGUGUCAUUGGGCCACGAACUGCAGGUGGUCUUCAAGUCCGACUUUAACAUCGGAGGCCGAGGCUUCAAGGCCUACUACUUCUCAGGAGAAUGCCAGGAGGUGUACACGGCCGUGCGGGGCAACUUCUCCAGCCCACAGUACCCCAGCUCCUACCCCAACAACAUCCGGUGCCACUGGACCAUCCGCCUGCCUCCUGGCUACCAGGUCAAGGUGUUCUUCCUGGAUCUGGACCUGGAGGGGCCCAACAGCCUGACCAGGACCUGUGACUUCGACCAUCUGGCGGCCUUCGAUGGGGCCAGCGAGGAGGCGCCCCUGCUGGGGAGUUGGUGCGGCCACCACCUGCCACCGCCCGUCACCUCGAGCCGCAACCAGCUCCUGCUUCUGCUGCACACGGACCGCAGCACCACCCGCAGGGGCUUCUCUGUGGCCUACAUUGGAGGUCAGCUGGGGUGCAGGGCUAAAGCUCCUCAUUGUGCAGUGGUGCCCGUGAACGUGAGCUGCUCCCGCACGGACUUCCAGAUCUUGAUCUCCGCGCAGGCGCUGGCCCCGCUGGAGCGGACCAAGGUCUACCUGGGCAGCCGCAGCUGUGCCGCCCAGGAAGUCGGCAGCACCUUCCGGAUCCAGGCCCGCUUCGACACCUGCGGCACUGAGUCUCAGAGAAGAAACAACACUUCCGUGAUCGUCAGCGUGCUGUACAUCGACUUCUCAGCUGGUGGACGGGAGGACAUCCAUGAGUACGAGGUCCGCUGCGAGCCACGGCGCAAGGAGGCUUCUGUCCACCUUCUGUCUGGCUCCGACUGGCUUGGGCCCUAUGCUGCCGCAGCCGAGCACCUUCAGGAAGCACCACCCAGGGAUGAGGUGGAGGCACCGGAGGGCCCUGUGGCCAUGGUGGCCCAGGACACCAGUGACAUCGUCUUCCUGGUCCUUUGCAUCCUGGCUGGGGUCCUCAUGGUCAUUGCCAUCGUGGUCCUGAUGCUGCUGUGA